CUCCCUAACCCUAGCCGCCUCCUGCACGCUUCUCCUCCCCCUCGAGCCGAGCAGCUCAGGACCGCAGCCAUGGCGUCCGAGACCGAGACCUUCGCCUUCCAGGCCGAGAUCAACCAGCUCCUCUCCCUCAUCAUCAACACCUUCUACUCCAACAAGGAGAUCUUCCUCCGCGAGCUCAUCUCCAACUCAUCCGAUGCGCUGGACAAGAUCAGGUUCGAGAGCCUCACGGACAAGAGCAAGCUGGACGCGCAGCCGGAGCUCUUCAUCCACAUCGUGCCCGACAAGGCCAGCAGCACGCUCACCAUCAUCGACAGCGGCAUCGGCAUGACCAAGUCGGACCUCGUCAACAACCUCGGCACCAUCGCCAGGUCCGGCACCAAGGAGUUCAUGGAGGCGCUCGCCGCCGGCGCCGACGUGUCCAUGAUUGGCCAGUUCGGCGUGGGCUUCUACUCCGCCUACCUCGUGGCCGAGAGGGUCGUCGUCACCACCAAGCACAACGACGACGAGCAGUACAUCUGGGAGUCGCAGGCUGGUGGGUCCUUCACCGUUGCCCGGGAUACCACUGGGGAGCAGCUCGGCAGGGGUACCAAGAUGGUCCUCUACCUCAAGGACGACCAGAUGGAGUACCUUGAGGAGCGCCGUAUCAAGGAUCUGAUCAAGAAGCAUUCCGAGUUUAUCAGCUACCCAAUCUCCCUGUGGACUGAGAAGACCACUGAGAAGGAAAUUUCUGAUGAUGAGGAUGAGGAGGAAAAGAAGGAUACUGAGGAGGGCAAGGUUGAGGAUGUUGAUGAGGAGAAGGAGGAAAAGGAAAAGAAGAAGAAGAAGAUCAAGGAAGUCUCACAUGAGUGGUCCUUGGUCAACAAGCAGAAGCCUAUCUGGAUGAGGAAGCCAGAGGAGAUCAACAAGGAAGAGUAUGCUGCUUUCUACAAGAGCUUGACCAAUGACUGGGAGGAGCAUUUGGCUGUCAAGCACUUCUCUGUGGAGGGUCAGCUCGAGUUCAAGGCUGUCCUGUUUGUGCCCAAGAGGGCCCCCUUCGACCUCUUCGACAACAAGAAGAAGGCCAACAACAUCAAGCUGUACGUGCGCCGUGUCUUCAUCAUGGACAACUGUGAAGAGCUGAUCCCUGAGUACCUGAGCUUUGUCAAGGGUAUUGUUGACUCUGAGGACCUUCCCCUCAACAUCUCCCGUGAGACUCUCCAGCAGAACAAGAUCCUCAAGGUGAUCAGGAAGAACCUUGUCAAGAAGUGCAUUGAGCUCUUCUUUGAGAUUGCUGAGAACAAGGAGGACUACAACAAGUUCUACGAGGCCUUCUCCAAGAACCUCAAGCUCGGAAUCCAUGAGGACUCCCAGAACAGGACCAAGAUUGCUGAGCUUCUGAGGUACCACUCUACCAAGAGCGGUGAUGAGCUCACCAGCCUCAAGGACUACGUCACCAGGAUGAAGGAGGGUCAGAGCGAGAUCUACUACAUCACUGGUGAGAGCAAGAAGGCAGUUGAGAACUCUCCCUUCCUUGAGAAGCUUAGGAAGAAGGGCUAUGAGGUCAUCUACAUGGUUGACGCCAUUGAUGAGUAUGCCAUUGGUCAGCUGAAGGAGUUUGAGGGCAAGAAGCUUGUUUCUGCCACCAAGGAGGGCCUCAAGCUUGAUGAGAGCGAGGAUGAGAAGAAGAAGCAGGAGGAGCUCAAGGAGAAGUUUGAGGGGCUCUGCAAGGUCAUCAAGGAGGUGCUCGGUGACAAGGUUGAGAAGGUUAUCGUCUCUGACCGUGUUGUGGACUCGCCUUGCUGCCUUGUGACAGGUGAGUAUGGUUGGACCGCCAACAUGGAGAGGAUCAUGAAGGCCCAGGCCCUGAGGGACUCGAGCAUGGCUGGCUACAUGUCCAGCAAGAAGACCAUGGAGAUUAACCCUGAGAACGCCAUCAUGGACGAGCUCCGCAAGCGCGCCGAUGCUGACAAGAAUGACAAGUCUGUCAAGGACCUGGUGAUGCUUCUCUUCGAGACCUCCCUGCUCACCUCCGGCUUCAGCCUGGAAGACCCCAACACCUUCGGCACCAGGAUCCACCGCAUGCUCAAGCUUGGUCUGAGCAUUGACGAGGACGAGGAGGCCACUGAGAACGACACCGACAUGCCUCCCCUGGAGGACGAUGCUGGUGAGAGCAAGAUGGAGGAGGUCGACUAAGCUCCACGGCAGUCUUCUGCACCUGCAGCACCGCCUAGUUUACAUUUAGUGUCUUCUUGACUGCUGUUGGAUGGUUUUGGCACGUUAGUUGUAUCGGUUUUGUCUUUUGGCUAACCAAACAGUAAGCGCGCGGUUAGCUAUAUUGUGCUACUUUCUGGAACAGUUCGUCGUUAUUGUUACCCUCUAUGUUUAGCUAUUUCUAUAUUAUUAUCUGCAA